UGCCAGAAGCAUCAACAAAAAUAUAAGAAAACUGACAGAAACCGAAAGUUUAACAACAAAAUUCAAAAGGCUUCCGGUUGAGCUGGAAACCGGAACUGGUUGCUAGCGGAUUCCCGAAAAUACACACACACCCACAAAAAAAAUGGCUCGCCUUACAGCUCUGGGCCUCGCGGUGCUCUUCCACUCGGUUAUGGGAAUAUCGUACUACCACUACUUUCGCCGGACACCAGCCGGAGUGCCCCUGAUCGGAGCCUGGCUAUUCUCUGCCUGUAUUGUGGCUCUGCUCCAGGCCAUUCACAUAUUUCCCGCCUCAACGCCGGCCACUCAGAUGCGGGGCAGAAACCGCGGAGGUGGCGGUCCCCUUAAUCCGCCGGAAUCCUCGUGGGGUGCCCUGUUCCUGGAGACGGGUAUCUGUUGUAUCGUUCUGGAUGUCACCCUGACCAAGUUGUGGCGUCGCGUGGAGUCGCUGUGCCAGUGCGCCAUAGUGGGCGUCCUCCAAACGCUGGGCGUCGAGGAUCAGACCUUCCUGGCCUGCGAAUACUGGACCCUGGGCCUGACCACGGGCCUCAUUGGAGCCUGCCUGCUGUGGCUCACCCUCUGGGCCACCGCCCUGCCCCGCAAGGUACACUGCGGCCUCCUCGACCUGCGACGCAACCUCUACCGACGCAGCACGGCCCUAAUCUUCGGUCCGCCCCUCAAGCAGACGACCCGCUCAACCUACUCCCAUCUCCAGUCCACCCAGAGCUUCACCGCCUAACUCCGAGACGAAAGCGCCCCAUCCCCACCAGCCACCAGUGCGCGGAACCAGUACCACUCGAUAUAUGCAUAUCAGUUCGGCUCGAUCAAUAGCUAAAUUUAUGGGUUAAGUAA